CAGCUGGCCUCGGUGCGUCUUCCCCAGUCCGGAGGCAGCUUGCUAAGUCUGCUCCAUCAACUGAUUAUUGCUGCCAUUUCUUCAGACAUAUUGAGUAAUUGCAAGCAGAAGCAACAAGAGCGAUGAUAAGGUUCCCACCCAAUACUUCUGAGGACAGAGAUUCCUUCAGCCAUCAGAUGUCUUUCUGCUUGACGCAACUGCACCUGUGGUCUUUGAAGAAUACCUUACACAUUGGAGAUAGAGACAUCGGGAUCUACCAGUAUUAUGACAAGAAAGAUCCCCCAACAACAGAGCAUGGUUACUUAGAAGAUAAGCAGAAGUUGGCAGAAUCACGAGAUUAUCCAUGGACGCUCAAAAACAAACGCCCAGAAAAACUUCGAGACUCACUCAAGGAGUUGGAGGAGCUGAUGCAAAAUAGUCAGUGUGUGCUGAGCAAAUGGAAGAACAAAUAUGUCUGUCAGCUCCUCUUUGGUUCAGGUGUGCUGGUGUCCCUAAGUCUUUCUGGGCCUCAGCUGGAAAGAGUGGUGAUUGACAGAAGCCUGGUGGGAAAGCUCAUCUCAGACACCAUCAGUGAUGCUCUCCUUACAGACAGCUUUAUCAUCUUGUCAUUUUUGGCACAAAGCAAACUAUGUUUUAUUCAGUUUACCAAGAAGAUGGGUUCUCCUGAUAUAAACAGAAGACUGGAAAAACUUUCAGCCUUGGAUUAUAAGAUUUCCUAUUAUGAAAUACCUGGUCCAGUAAACAGAAAUACAAAGCGUCGUCUAGCUAUCAAUUGUGCUCAGGACAUGAUUGUUUGCUGGUGGCCACUGGUCAGUGAUGAUGCUUGGCCGUGGGCCCCCAUUUCUUCUGAGAAGAACAGAGCCAAUCUGCUGCUCCUGGGUUAUGCUCAAGGAAUACUGGAGGUUCUGAGUUCUGUACGCACAGAAUGGGAUCCAUUGGAUGUUUGCUUUGGCACCAAACAACCUUAUCAGGUGUUCACAGUGGAGCACUCCGUCAGUGUAGACAAAGAGCCCAUGGCUGAUAGCUGCAUCUACGAAUGUGUUCGGAACAAAAUCCAGUGUAUAUCAGUCACCAGAAUACCACUAAGAUCGAAGGCCAUUAGCUGCUGCAGGAAUGUUACUGAAGACAAACUGAUUCUGGGCUGCGAAGAUUCUUCAAUUAUUCUUUAUGAAACUCACCGUAGAGUGACUCUUUUAGCCCAGGCUGAACUGUUGCCUUCAUUAAUAAGCUGCCACCCAAGUGGUGCCAUUCUGCUAGUUGGCAGCAAUCAAGGGGAGCUGCAAAUUUUCGAUAUGGCUCUAUCCCCUAUUAACAUCCAGCUCUUGGCUGAAGACUGCUCACCCAGGGAGACUCUGCAAUUCAAUAAAUUAUUUGAUGUCUCCAGCAGUCUUGUCCAAAUGCAGUGGAUAGCUCCUCAGGGUGUUGCUCAGAAGCCUGAAAGUGGGGAAAUCUAUGACCACCUCUUCCUCAGGUUUGACAGAGGACCUUUGGGUGUUCUUUUAUUUAAACUUGGUAUCUUCACACGAGGACAGUUGGGCCUGGUAGACAUUAUCUUCCAGUACAUUCACUGUGGUGAGAUCUCUGAGGCAAUCAACAUCCUGAGCAGUAUGAACUGGGACACUCUUGGCCACCAGUGCUUUAUCUGUUUGAGUGCCAUUGUCAACCAUCUUCUUAGACAAAAGCUCACUCCAGAAAGAGAAGCACAGCUUGAGGCAAGCCUUGGAACCUUCUAUGCUCCAACAAGACCACUACUGGAUACAACUAUAUUGGAAUAUAGAGACCAAAUCAGCAAAUAUGCAAGACGAUUCUUCCAUCACUUGCUCAGGUAUCAGAGAUUUGAAAAGGCAUUUCUACUAGCUGUUGACAUUGGUGCUCGUGACCUGUUUAUGGAUAUCCAUUACCUUGCACUAGAUAAGGGUGAAUUGGCACUGGCUGAAGUGGCAAGAAAAAGAGCUAGUGACAUUGAUGCAGAAUCAAUAACCUCUGGAGUUGAAUUCCUGGGGCCUUUGGACAAAGAUGAUAUGUUAAAUGAAACUUUUGUUGGCCUAUCUUUAGCACCUCAAGAAGACAAAUUUCCAGAUAACCUCCCUCCCUCAGGUUCAAUCCACAGACAAAUUCAGCAAAGAGCACUAAAAGUCUCUUCCAACAGGUAUGACAGAGUUUAGAAGUCAGAAAAUCUCCCUAGAAACAAUUAUGAAACUGGACAACCACCACCAUUUUAGGGCUCUGGAAAUCAAGUAGAGGCACAUAAGAUGAGAAGCAUUUAUUCAUGGAAAACUAAUGAAUUUCCAGUAAUAAAGUGGGAAUCUGUGAUGUUCUGGGACUGCUUCCAUCUUCCUACUACCCCCAAGCCAACUGAUCCUUGUAGUUCUACCAAAGUAGGACUGGCUGUGAAAACCAACUGCUGACUUGAUUUGGACGCUUAAGUGUGGACAAAACCUACGCAGUAACAUUGUCAAUAAAAAUGACAGACUCAUUGUCAGAAAAAGCAACAAACUUGAUAGGGAAUUCAUAAGCAAAUUCACAGUUCUGAUAGCCUGCUUAUGUCAAGACAGAAUGGGAAGACUAACAGGGAGAUGCUAAAUGAACUAAAGAGGGGCUAAUUAAGUU